CCUUCCCCAAGCGGGGAUCUAACGGUUAAUCUCCUCGACUUUGCACACCGCUUGUCAACAAACCAGCCCGACUCUGCCAUCAGUCCAAUACAGCAUCGCGAACCGACUGCUGUUUCUAUUGUCUUUGGGCAAAGAGACGUUGCUCAGCAGGAGCUUUUAGUGCCCCAGGCCUUUCUUGACCUGAUCCUUCAGCACGGUAUCAACCUUGAAACUGUCCGUGACUUUAUGCAACGCUAUAGACAGGUAUCUUUGGUUAGAUCUUCUGAUGGCAAAAGAGAAUUCGAGUAUUCUCCCUGA